AUGUAUGCUAAAGAGAUGUUCAGGGCAAGCCUGGAAGAGUCUCUGCCCUUGUACUGUAGCAGAAGAGCUCAAGGAGGCUCAGGGGUGGGGAGCUGCUGUUUGUGUGUGGCGGCAGCAGACAUCCCGCACGUGCUUUCCUCCAUCCCUCUCUCCCUCUCUCUCUCACAGGCCAUGUGGCUUGGUCUGGAGGGCCUGAGUGUAACUGGGCCUCUGAAGGACAUGGACUUCUCCGUGCAGGAAGGAGGAGGUCCACGCAUCCUUCACCAGUUCAAACUUGAGCCACCUGCUGUGAGUUUCAGAACAUCUGGUGAAAAAGCUGGAAUUAUUGACAUUGAGCCGAGGACAGGCAUCCUGUAUAUCAAUGGGUCUCUGGACUGGGAGACCCAACAAGUGCACAAGCUGCAGGUGGAAAGUCUGGAUGAGAGUGGAGAGAGAGUUAAAGGUCCAUAUGCUGUUACAAUACAUGUGGAGGAUGUCAAUGACAACCCCCCAGAAUUUAACCAGACAAAGUACUACGGAGUAGUGAGGCAGAACUCUCGUCCAGGCAAGCCUUUCAUGUAUGUCCAUGCCACUGACCGUGAUGAUCCUACAACUCUCCAUGCACAGCUGUCUUACAGCAUUCUCCAUCAUUUUCCCAACCCUUAUGCAGAAAUGCUUUUCCAGAUUGAUAAUGCAACCGGAGCAAUCUCACCAAGCAGGAAAGGCUCUUCUUACUUGGAUCCUCAAAAGCAGGACAACUUCAUACUUGUUGUCUCCGUGAAGGACAUGGCAGGGACGACAGCGAAUGCUUUCACCAGCAGUGUUGAUGUGAGCAUCACUGUGAAGGAGAGCCUGUGGAAAGCUCCCCCCACCAUCUACAUCAAAGAGAACUCAACCCAGGUCCACCCUGUCAACAUCAGUAAGGUGCAGUCAAAUGAACCAGAUGUAAUUUAUGGCAUUUUUGAAAAAGAAAAGCUGCCAAGGCUUCCAUUUUCCAUCAGUGAGAAUGGGGAUAUUUAUGUGACCCAACCAUUGGACAGGGAAGAAAAGGAUGCUUAUACAUUCUAUGUGGUGUCAAAAGAUAACACAGGAGAACUGGUGGAGAAGCCUUUGCAAAUUCACAUUAUUGUGGAAGACAUCAAUGACAAUCCUCCUGUGUGUCAGCAGGACCUCACCAUAAUUGAAGUUCAAGAAAAUGAAAUUGGAGGGAGUAGUAUCGGCACCGUGUUUGCUACGGACAUGGAUCAGGAGGACAGCCUUAACUCUCGUCUGCAUUUCCAAAUCCAAAGUCAGGAACCUGAAUUCCCCACAAAUAAUCUCUUCUAUAUUCAGCAAGACACCGGGACUUUGCAGUUAACUGGCCGUUCCUUAAGCAAGCGUGAAUCAGCCAAGUAUUUCUUGAAGGUCCUGGUGACAGAUCCUCAAUUUGAAACAAUCUGUAAUGUGGAAGUACACGUCAUCGACAUCAAUGAUCAAAUUCCCAUCUUUAACAAUUCAGAUUAUGGCAGUGUGACUCUGGCAGAAGAUAUCCCAAUAGGAAGUCUGAUAUUAGAAAUUGAAGCAACUGAUGGAGAUGAGCCUGCCACAGGGAGCUCCCUCAUCAUUUACCAAGUGAAGGAAGGUGAUCCAAACAACACGUUCAUCAUAGAGACAGACUCUGAAACAAACCGAGGGUUCAUCAGGAUUAACAAGGCUCUUGAUUUUGAAACAAUGCCUGUGUACAACCUGGUGAUCAAUGCCACAAACCCCGAGCCGUUGGUGGAAGGCGUGAAGUACAACGCGAGCUCUCUCACCAAGUUAAAAGUUUCUGUGACAAAUGUGGAUGAGCCACCUGCUUUCCGGAUGCCAUUUUACGAAACAGAGGUGUCUGAAGACAUUCCUGUCAAUACCUUGGUCAUGACAGUGGAGGCCUAUGAUCCUGAAGGGGAUUCUGUACGGUACUCCUUGGAAGGUGACGUGAGGAAAUGGCUGAGAAUUGAUUCAGCCACUGGGCAGGUAUACACUGCUUCGCCUUUGGAUCGAGAAACUGAAGAAAUAUACCGAAUAAAGGUUGUUGUAUCAGAACUAAAUAAUGCAGCUCAGAAAUCCGAAGCAUUGUUGACUCUACACUUACGUGAUGUGAAUGACAACUACCCACAAAUAGCUACGGAUUAUCCUGCUUUCUUCUGCUACCCAGUCAGCGGAGGAGAGAGAACUCUCAUUCAAGCUACUGAUGCUGAUGAACAGUUCUUUUAUUCAAAAUUUACUUUUUCCCUUGCGGAUGACAUGAAUGCAAGAAAUAAUUGGGAAAUCUCAAAAUUCAAUGCUACUCACGCUUACCUGUCCCUGAAACAUGCUAACUUUGAAGAGAAGGUGUAUGAUGUUCCAAUAAUACUUAAUGACAAUGGAAAACCGCCUUUGGAAAACAAAGUGAAUCUUAAAGUAAGCAUCUGCAAGUGUUCCAGUGAAAAUUCAUGUUUUAUUGAAAUAGACCGUGAGCACUCCUGGCCAACCGCUGGGCAGGCAAUUGGGAUUCUGCUUGCAGUCCUGAUCAUCAUUGGUGCCAUUUUAGCAGGUGUGUUUUUCCACAUGAGAUACAAAGAGAAAAAAGAAAAGAGCCAUCCCAAGGACGCAAAAGAUAACGCUGAACUCAACAGACUGACUUAAUGACUGUUUCAUCAAGAGACAAAACCGGCCUUUGGGUUGUCAAUGAGUGAACUGUGAAGCUUCCAAAGCCCAGAGAUGUGCUAUCACAAAAACAAAAAAAACAUGCAAAAGUAGACUCCCAGGGGUUUGGCCUCACUUUUGUACAUAAUAGUCUUUAGUCACAAAACAUAAAACGUAUGUAAUCUUUAGCCAUUAAUGAGCUUAUCAGCUUUGACUAAAAUGUCAAUUAUAACAGCACCAAAUGCUGAGCUCCUUCAGGGAUCUAUACAUUGGACCAGUCUCCUUCAUCUGACUGCUGAUGCAAAUAUGGACUUUACAGAGGACUACAUUUUGUUGACCUGCACAUAUUUGUCUCUUUCCAAUUCUGUAAGUCACUGAACAGCAGACUGGGGAAUAGUCCUGUGCUACAUUUGAAGAUACUCCAUGAAGUUGUAGGAAUCACUCUGACUCUCAGCAAAGGAGAUCCCAAACUUAUUGCAAUCUGUAAUCUGCCCUGGGCCUUGCCUGCUUACAUUUGUACCAUCAAUGUGAUAUUUCAAUUUUUCUUUUUUGAUAUCCCAUAAAGUAAAACAAGUUUGUGAAGUA